AUGUCUACCAUGUUAUUAAUCGAAACGAUCAGGAGGCAAGAGAAGAAGAUAGAUGAUUUGAGAUCUCAAAUCAAGCGAAGUGAGAGUGUUCGAAAGAGUAACAGAACGACGCGUAGUGUGAAAAGUGAAUAUUUACAAUGCAAGAGUUCUAAUAAGACAGUUGUAAAGCCCGCCCAAAAGAUAAAGGAAAAGGAUCAAACCAUUAAUAUUCUGACUGAGAGACUCAAUCGAGCAUUCGAAUAGGAGAAUGAAGUAUAAUUAUAUGUAACAAAAUGCAAAGAUGAAACAUAAACUCCAAAAGCAAAAGGUCUUGUUUAAGUGUCUCUAUAAUGA